AUGUCCGACGCAAACAGACUCGCCAGUCUUGACACAUCCAUGGUAAGCCGCCUCCCGGCGCACAGCCAGGUGCUCUUCGAGGCCAAGACGGCCAAGGGCCUCACCUUUGCCGAGAUUGCCUCGCACAUUGGCCGCAACGAGGUCGCCUGUGCCGCGCUCUUCUACGGCCAGGCGCAGGCCACGGCCGACGACGUCGCCAAGCUGUCGGCCUUGCUGGGCGUGCCGCGCGAGACCCUCGCCGCCCAGAUGAUGGGCUUCCCGGAUCGCGGCCGCGCGGGGCCCAUGCCCCCCGUCGAGCCGCUCAUCUACCGCCUCUACGAGAUUGUGCAGAAUUACGGCUACUCCUUCAAGGCGGUCCUCAACGAAAAGUUUGGCGACGGCAUCAUGAGCGCCAUCAACUUUAGUGCCAAGGUCGAAAGGGAGGACGAGGAGAAUGGGGACUCGUACGCCGUCAUCACCCUGCGAGGAAAAUGGCUUCCCUAUUCCCGAUUCUAG